AUGCAAGGUAAAAGUGUUUCAAUAGUCAUCAACGAAGAUGAGGAAAUUAGAAGUCAUGAUGAUGAAGACGAUUCUGUAUCUUCAAACUAUCGCAGCCAACUUUCUAGAACCAAACACGGACUAGUUAGAACACCGUCAAUCAUAAAAAGAAGACAGAAAUGUGUUGAUGAUUCAUUGUCUAGAAAGAUAUUGCUAAUUCAAGACAUUUUGUACGAGUUGCCGGAAUUGGAGCAGAAUGUGGUCAAUUCAAUCGCAGGAUAUAAGCAAAAGUCGAGAAGGGGUCUAUCAGCAAGAUUCAUACACGCCUUCUUCGCAUUGAUAUUCAUAAUGUUUGUUUACUCGAUUAUAUUUGUCAUCGGACUGAUCAUUUCCUCAAAUUUAUUGUCCCCGAUUCCCAUAACGGGAACAGUGAUGACAAACUAUAUAGAUCACAAAAUCGAAAACGAUUUGCAAAAGAUAAUAUUAAUUCCUCCAACUGAAGAAUCCAACGUUCUGAAGCUGAGAGGGACGUUUAAAGUAGCCUACAACGUGUAUAAUAAUACGCCCUUUCCAGGAGCACUGUCAGUGUACAUGAACGUGUCAUAUCUUCCACAAUCAGGGAGUAGGUCAGACAACAAAAAAUGCUUCGACGAAUCAGUAUACAAAUUCGUGUACAAAUACACGUAUAGCAACGUAAUAUCGGGAGAAUUGGAUUUUUUUAUUAAGAAUAAAUACACACACGAGGACGCAUCGGAAGCGGACGAGGAUGUGUUAAAGAAGAAGAGGUUCGGAAGCCUAAUAACACUCGAAAAGGUAGAAAACAUAAACGAAAGUGAACAAAAAUCAGUCCACGUGUUGGAAACGACAGCAUACAAUGCGUUCUCAUCCUACCACCUGGCAGGGAAUAAGAUAGAAAUCAUACCGAAGAUAAGUAGAGGAUUUAACAAGGUGGUGCUGCUGGUAACGUUGGAAUCCAUACUGGAAGCCGGAAAGGAGGACACGAAAGACAGUUAUCUGGCAAGAAGGAUGAUGUAUGACUGCAAGAAGAACGGAUACCUGACGUUGAAGUUCAACUCGAGCCUGCAAAAGUUCGAUACGAUGCUAUUCAGUGGAAAUAUGCUGCCAACAACAUUUUUGCCAGUGACAGUGCCGUGUUUAGUGUCAUCAGAUGUAGAAAUAGCGGAUAAAAUAGAAGAAAUUGCGAAAAACCAAAGAGUGCUGUACAAUCGACAACAGUACAUACUAAAAAAACUAAACACAGCACUAAACAUGUAA